AUGACGGCACCACUCGCCUUUCCCGGAAGCGGAAGGUGGUUGCGAUGGGGAAGGCGUUGGCGCUGUUGGGGCGACAAGUCCGGGGCUCGGGCCCGUGAUUGUGGGGCGGGGAUGGCAGGCACCCGGGGCGGAUCCACCUCCUUUCAGACUGCUGGCGCCAGUGAGCGCGCCUUGGCAGAGCUGUUGCUGGAGUUCUCGAGGGCGCAGUACCGGGCCAGGGACGGUGGCGGCGGCGGCGGCGGUGGCGGUGGAGGGACCGGUAGCAACGCCAAGGUAGAACGUAUUGAAAAAUGCUGCCUUGAGUUGUUCAGCAGGGACUAUUGCUACAGCCUGAUCCAAAAUGUGAAUGGUGAAAUCUGCAGCCACUACCCCAGGCUGAUUGUCUUCUUAGAAUAUGAGAGUACUGAUAGAGAGAGAAAUACAUUUGAGAGCACAGUCCAAGUUGGCAAGUUGCAAGACCUCAUUCACCGCAGUAAGAUGGCCAGGUGCAGAGGGCGGUUUGUUUGCCCCGUCAUCCUCUACAAGGGAAAGCAUAUAUGCCGAUCAGCCACCCUGGCGGGGUGGGGGGAACUUUAUGGGCGCACGGGAUACAACUACAUUUUCUCAGGGGGUUCAGAUGAUGCCUGGGCAGAUUCAGAAGACCUGUCAGAAGAGGACUCUGCCUUCAGAAAUGCCGAUUCGCAGCUGUUUGACAAGGUCCGGGGUUAUGACAUCAAGCUCUUGCGAUAUUUGUCAGUUACGUACAUCUGUGACUUGAUGGUGGAGAAUAAGAAAGUAAAGUUUGGCCUGAAUGUGACAUCUUCUGAGAAGGUGGAUAAAGCACAGCGCUAUGCCGAAUUCACACUCCUCUCCAUCCCAUACCCAGGCUGUGAAUUUUUCAAGGAGUACAAAGAGCGAGACUACACAGCAGAAGGGCUUGUUUUUAACUGGAAGCAGGAUUAUGUAGAUGCUCCUCUCAGCAUCCCAGUUUCACUUACGCAGCCAUUGAAUAUUGACUGGAGUGAAUAUCAGAGCUGGGACCUUGUGCAUCAGACACAGAACUACCUGAAGCUUCUGAUCUCCAUUAUCAAUGGUGACGAUGACAGUGGGCUCCUGGUGCACUGUAUAUCCGGCUGGGACAGGACGCCUCUCUUCAUCUCCCUCCUGCGCCUCUCCCUGUGGGCUGACGGGCUGAUCCAUGCGUCCCUGGAACCUGCAGAGAUUCUUUACCUGACCGUGGCCUACGACUGGUUCCUCUUCGGGCACAUGUUAGUGGACCGGCUUAGCAAAGGAGAGGAGAUUUUCUUUUUCUGCUUCGAUUUUCUGAAGCACAUCACCUCUGAGGAGUUCUCUGCCAUCAAGCAGCCGAGAAGGACGAGCCUGCCACCCGGAUUUACUUUGGAAGAGAUCUGCAUGCUGAAGCAGGGGGACCGGGGCAGCACCACCAGUCUGAGCAGUGACUUCUCUCUUGUAAUGGAAAGCUCACCUGGGGCUGGAGGGAGCUUCACCUAUGAAGCUGUGGAGCUGAUGCCAGCAGGUCCUCAAACGCAGGCGUCCUGGAAGAAAAACUGUGCGUCGUCCCCUCAUGCAGCCCCGUGGAGUCGGCCACUGCAGUCCGAAGACCGGCUGCCUUUCCAGAGUGUGCUUGAAGCCAGGUCCUCCAGCUCUUCCUCUUCUAACCACUCGGAGAACUUCUCGCGGCUGGGCAGCAGUCCACUGGAAGUGCCCAAGGCAAGAUUGGCUGAGCACUCUCUGCCUGGAUCCUCCAUCUCUACCGACUUUGGCAGCUGGCAGAUGGUGACAGGGAGUGGCAGUAUACAGGAGCAGGCAGACUCCUCCCUCUCUCCUGGCAGCUUCCCGGAUGAGCUCCCUAACAGUUCCCUGCUGGUGACAUUAACAGAGAGGGAGUCCCGGCUGGAGGAAGUACGUUUGGCGUUCUUGGCCGCUUACAACAGCACAGUGGGCCUGAAGUCUGUGUCGCCGAGCCCGUCAGGAGCCAUUGGUGGCCUUCUAGAGCAAUUUGCCCGAGGCGUUGGACUCAGAGGGAGUAGCGCCCUUUGACACCCCUCCUCCUCCUCGCCGUCAGUACCCUCACAUCUGGGUCAGAAAGGUGAAGGAACCUUCAAAGCCAUGAGAGCCCAAGUGCCAGAUCCCAGCUGGGCCAGAGCCUCUGGCCAUGCUGACCUGUGCGUUGCUGGCCACACUGCCCGCCUGGCGGCCGGCUCUCCUGGAUCCAUCCGACUGUGAUCGCAAGCUCCAACCAGGCUGACCUCCACGAGGAACUGGGGUUCCCCCGUAAUCAUGCAGGACUUGGCUAGCUCUGACAAAUCACUACAGUAAAAUGUGUCAAAACACCCGA